AUGCCAGAAAAACCGACAACUGUGGCCGCUUAUGCGGCUGGAGCUUCUCUCGCCGCUAUUGCCUUGUUCUAUGUCUUUGGACCCAACUACACUAUCGAUGGCGAGGAAUCGAGUGACAACAACCGCAAGAGAAGCAUUGUUGGCCUGUCGAACCCGGCCAAUGACUGCUUCAUCAACUCCGUACUGCAGGCCCUUGCGGGCCUGUUAGAUCUUCGACUAUACUUGAUCCGAGAACUGCAUCGGCGCGAAUUGGAUGGGCCACAGGUUUACGAUCUUCUUCCGAUUCAGGAGGAUAUGCCUCGCGGACAAAGACCCGAAAGGACCAGGGAGCUACAGCAAGGGAUAAUUACGCGGGCGCUCAAGGAAAUGCUGGAUAGGUUGAACGAGCGGCCCAUCUACAAGAAGACAAUUUCCGCACGGGGGUUUAUCCAGGCGCUCGAGUAUGCGUACCGCACGCGCAUCAACCGCAGCCAACAGGACGCGCAGGAAUUCUUACAGGUUGUCGCCGAGCGACUCUGUGACGAGUACCAUGCUGGUGUCCAAGCACGGCAGAGAUGGCAAAGUAUUACCAUCGAUGCGCCGGCCGGUCCGGGCACGGUGGAGGCGACACAGGAUGCCGAUGCUCGGGUUCCAACUACUUCAGGGGAUCCCGGGGUGGCCGUCAGAGUCGACGACGGGACCAAGAACGGGGUUCCCGCAACCAUCAAUACUCAAUUAGAAAAUCUGGAUGGUGACGACUAUGGAUUUCCGUUUGAGGGCCAGCUAGAGUCCCAGAUUGAAUGCCAGACUUGUCAUUAUCAGUAUAAACCGAACCAAACAAAUUUCGUCAACUUGACGCUGCAGGUACCCCAGAAGAGCUCGACCACGCUCAGCUCGUGCUUUGAUGGUUUACUGAAGACCGAGUAUAUCGACGACUUCCGAUGCGAUAAGUGCAGCCUGCAACAUGCGCUAGAAUCGAAGAUGCAGGAGAAGGCAAGUACCAGAUCGGAGAAAGAUCGAGCACGUCUUGAGGCUGAGAUUGAGCGGAUCCAAAAUGCCCUCGACACAGACCCGGAGCAGAUAUUGGAGGGCGUGACGCUUCCACCAGUCGAGGAGGCGCCGAAGCGCAGAAUCGCAAGACACAUGCGCAUUACAGUGUUCCCAAAGGUUAUUGCGAUCCAUCUGUCGCGGUCGAUCUUUGACCGAAGUAGCUCAACUAAAAAUGCAGCCAAAGUUUCCUUUCCGGAGCGACUCUCACUGGGAGGAAUUCUUAACCGCAAGUGGUUUAACUUGCUAGCGAUUGUCUGCCAUAAGGGCAGCCAUAAUAGUGGGCACUACGAGUCAUUCCGGCGCAACCACCUUCACAUGCCUUUCUCGACACCCGAUGCGUUUAGAUCAUAUUCGCAGAGCCGGGCUGCAAGCGGGAAUGUGUCGGAAGUUCCGAGUCCUAGCCUUGCCGCUCAAAAGUUACCAGAUGAGCUGACGGGUGUCGGUAUCUCAACUACGACGUCAUCCCCGUCACUAUCAGGAAAGUCGACCGCCAGCGCAUCGUCAAUGUCACCAUUGCGAUUGAGAUCCCAGACAUCGCACUCUCCGCAGUUGAACGCGUCCAGUUCUCAGGGUUCCGUCCGAAGUGAUCAGUCCAAGCAGAAGUCUUCCACAGCCGACCGCUCCUCGGCGGCCGAUGGCGCACCCAACCCGGUACGAGUGAAGAAGUCAACAUCUAGCCUUUCUUCAACUGCCAGUAAGUUCAUGCCGCAGACGUCCCUUGGGGGCGCUUCUGGAUCGAACGGGCGGUUCCGGCGCCGGCACAAGGCAAACGAUCGGUGGUGGCGCAUAUCGGACGAGAAGGUCAAAGAAUGCAAGACAUCGGACGUUCUCAGCAUGCAGAAGGAAGUGUAUCUUCUGUUCUAUGAGAUGGAGAAGAUGCCACCCAACGGGCCGCAUGGUGCCGAUCGCUGA